AUGGAUCAGAAGGUUAUUGGAAUUUUGGGUGGUGGCCAACUAGGCCGUAUGAUUGUUGAAGCUGCACAUAGAUUAAAUAUCAAAACGGUUAUACUUGACGCAGCUCAAUCGCCAGCAAAACAAAUCAAUGCUUUAGACGAUCACGUGGAUGGCUCGUUCACGGAUUAUGAGUCUAUUGUCAAACUAGCUGAAAAAGUUGAUAUUUUGACAGUAGAGAUUGAGCAUGUUGAUGUAGAUGCCUUGCAAGAAAUUCAAGUGAAAUUUCCUGAAAUUGAAAUUUACCCGUUACCUGAAACUAUCAAGUUGAUUCAGGAUAAGUAUUUGCAGAAGGAGCAUUUGGUUCAUCAUGGUGUUGCAGUUACACAAUCACAAGCUGUCUCUGAAAAUACCAAAGAACACUUGACCAAGAUUGGAGAUGAGUAUGGGUAUCCCUUCAUGUUAAAGUCGAGAACAUUUUCUUAUGACGGAAGGGGUAAUUUUGUUGUUAAGGACCGAUCUUUUAUUCCACAGGCUUUAGAGUUUUUAAGUAAUCGUCCAUUAUAUGCUGAAAAAUGGUGUCCAUUUACCAAAGAGUUAGCAGUGAUGAUAGUUAGAUCUACUGAAGGUGAGGUUUUUUCAUACCCCACUGUUGAAACGAUUCAUAAAAACAACAUUUGCCAUUUAGUAUAUGCGCCAGCAAGAAUAACCGAUACAUUAGCUCAAAAAGCACAGAUUUUGGCUAAAAACGCAGUAAAGACUUUCCCAGGGUGUGGUAUAUUUGGAGUUGAAAUGUUUUUGUUACCCAAUGGAGAGUUGUUAAUUAAUGAAAUUGCCCCUAGACCCCACAACUCGGGCCAUUAUACCAUCGACGCUUGUGUCACGUCACAGUUUGAAGCUCAUGUUCGAGCAGUGUCGGGAUUACCAAUGCCCAAAGGCUUUACCGAUUUCACAACAACGAUUACAAACGCUAUUAUGUUGAAUGUAUUGGGAGAUAAAGAAACAGCAAAUAAGGAAUUAGAGAUAUGCCAUAGAGCCUUGGAAACUCCGCACGCUUCCGUAUACCUCUAUGGGAAAACUACUAGACCAGAAAGAAAGAUGGGUCAUAUAAAUAUCGUGUCUUCAUCAAUGAGUGAUGUUGAAAACAGGUUAGCGUAUAUUAUGGGAGAAGCCUCGAGAUUGCCGCAACAUUCUGAAUCCGAGGGAAAACAAGAAAAACCACUAGUUGGAAUAAUCAUGGGUUCAGAUUCGGAUUUACCAGUAAUGUCUGUUGGUGCGCGUAUAUUAAAGCAGUUUGGUGUGCCUUUUGAAGUCACUAUAGUAAGUGCACACCGUACACCACAUAGGAUGGCAGAAUAUGCAGCAAAUGCACCCAAGCGUGGAUUGAAGUGUAUAAUUGCCGGUGCUGGGGGUGCUGCUCAUUUACCAGGUAUGGUUGCUGCAAUGACACCAUUACCUGUGAUUGGUGUACCUGUCAAGGGGUCGACUCUAGAUGGUGUUGAUUCGUUAUAUUCAAUUGUACAAAUGCCAAGAGGUAUACCUGUUGCUACUGUGGCUAUUAACAACAGUACCAAUGCCGCGCUAUUGGCUAUUAGGAUAUUGGGAUCCUCCGAGCCUCGCUGGUUAAACGAGAUGAGUACAUAUAUGAACACUAUGGAAUCCGAGGUUUUGCUCAAGGCUGAAACUUUGGAAGAUAUUGGGUACGAAAACUAUCUUGCUGAUAAGUUAAAAAAAGUAUAA